AAGAUGGGCUCAAAGGAGGAGCAUCAUGAUAUUGUUAUAGUGGGUGGAGGAAUCUGUGGUCUUGCCACUGCCUUAGCUCUUCACCGGAAAGGAAUAAACAGUCUCGUUCUAGAGAAAUUCGAUACCCUACGGGCUUCAGGGGCAGCAAUUACUGUUUACAUCAAUGGUUGGCAUGCACUGGACCAACUUGGGAUUGGUAUGGAAUUACGCAGAAAAGCUAUACCUCUAACAGAGAUACGUGAUAUCUGGCUCCACAAGAACAAGAUGCAAGUAACUUCAUGCAGGAAAGAAGCACUGAGAUGCUUGAAAAGGAGUGAUCUGAUUGAAACCUUGGCUAAGAAUUUGCCUGUGGGAUCAAUUCGUUUUGGAUGCCAAAUUGUAGCGGUUGAAUUAGAUCCCCUCAGUUCCUUCCCUAUUCUAUAUGCUAAUGAUGGGGCUACCAUUAAAGCUAAGGUUCUAAUUGGUUGUGAUGGAUCAAAUUCAGUCAUUGCAAAAUCAUUAGAAUUACAGGCCCCAAAGGUUUGUCCAAUAUCUGCUGUGCGAGGUUUUACUAGCUAUUCAUAUGGUCACAGCUUCGACAGCCAUUUUAUCCGGCUGAGAGGUGAUGGUGUUGCCUUCGGAAGGCUCCCGAUUGAUGAAAAGUUAGUCCAUUGGUUUGUCGGUCGGCUGUGUCCUCAAGAUUCAAUUGUCCAGAAGGAUCCUGAGCUCAUCAAAAAAGUCACGUUGGAGAUGUUAAAAGAAUUUCCCCCUGAGGUGAUUGAAAUGGUGGAACAUUGUGAUAGCAGUUCAUUGAGCCUCACACAUAUCAGGUAUCGAGCUCCAUGGCACCUGUUCUUUGCAAACUUCUGGCAAGGUACCAUGACAGUCGCAGGGGAUGCAAUGCAUGUUAUGGGCCCAUUCCUCGGCCAAGGAGGUAGUGCUGGCUUAGAAGAUGCAAUUGUGCUUGCUAGAUGCAUAGCUCAAGAGAUGCCAAUGGGUCCAGAGGGUGCAACCAGUGAUCGAGAGAUGGUUAAGAGAAUAGGGAUAGCAUUGAGUAAAUAUGUGAAGGAAAGGAGGCUGAGGAUAAUAAGGUUAUCAACUCAGUCUUAUCUUACAGGAUCGGUAAUCACGGCAUCAUCAUGGGUAAGGAAACUGAUAUGUCUUGCAAUGCUGAUUGUUUUCCUGAGAGGCGGAUCGCUUAGCCAUAGUAAUUAUGAUUGUGGAUCUCUUUAGGAUAAAUGUUGUCUGCUUGUCUCAUCUGAUCAAUGUUCAGAAAAGAUGGAACUGUGAUAUUGAAACAAACUCUGUUCAAUUACCACUCCCUUGAAUGGCUGUACCAAAAUAAAUCCAUGUGUGUAUCAUAGUGGGCAUUACAAAAUUUAUAACACCAAUAUUACUGAGAACCUUCAAAG